CAUUUACGUUAAUACCUACUAAGAUAUAUACAGUACUGUAGAUUCCAUUCAUAUUAUCAUGUGUAUCAAAGUUCGUCUGCUACUCAGUGUGACUGCACUGAACAGUAGGCACUUCCGGGUUGAGCAACAGAGGUCGUUACAGUGCAUAUUGCAUAUUUAAUAGCGAUCGUCACAUGAAUUUUUUGCAAAUAUGGUCUAUACUGUAGAUUCAUGAUGUAUAAUAGAGCUAUGUAGUAUGUACAGAGAACCAUCCUUAGGUACUGCAGUAGAAUUUUUCUGACACUGACAGUACUGUAUCGACACUGUACUGGAAAUGCACUGUACUUGCACUGUACACAUACCGUACUAGUAUAUUGUGAAAGAUAAAAUAGGCCAACCACAGUUUGUUAUAAACUUGCCAUCAUGCGGCAGUUAAAGAGAAAGCAAUCUUUUGUUGUUCCGUUCUCGCAAGCGGGCAAUACAAAUUCACAGAAGAUAGAUAUCCAGUCCUUGUGGCCAAGGCAGAACGAGAAAAAAGCAUUUUCUCCAUUGCACAUUGGUCAACACGUGCAGACUAUAACACCAAAUACCAGAAAGAAAAUAAAACAAAGAUUUGCAAUGAGUUUCUCACGCGUACCAGUACGAAACACAUCCCCUGGGUUUGAUGUGCCAUUUGACUUAAGUCAGUCAAGCUGUUUUUCACAGCAGAUAGAUGUCCAAGAAUUCAAGGGUAACGAAGAAGUCGAAGACUGUCGAGAAGAAGGCACAGUUAGAGAUGUGUGCAAGUCUACUGACCAAAUAGCUCAAGAUGAUGGGGAAGAAUUCGAUCUAGAAUUAACAGAAGAAGUCACUAAUAUAGAGAGCGUGGUCGGAAAAAACAGAACUGAUACUGAAGACUUGCAAGAAGGAUUUGUUGACAAAGAAUCGCCGAUAAAUGUAGAUACUGAUAAUUUAACGAAAGAACACCGUGAUAUAAAUAUCAAAUGGAAACGACAAAAUAAAAAGAAUAAGGCACCAGAUACAACAGGAUCUGAUGGUUUGUCUACGGGAACAGUUACAGUAGCUUGUCCAGCAACAGAAAAUGAUAGCGAUAAGAUUAAAACUGUUGAAAAUAAGAAGGAAGAGAGAUGUAAGAAGAGACUUAAUCCAAACUUUAUUCUUCAAACCAACAUAUUUAGCAAACGUGUUAAAUCUAAAAAUGUUUCAAAAGUAAGAAUUAUUGGAAAGUCUGUUGGUUGGCCGAAUAGUAGUUUCGGAGCACAAGCAGAUGGCAAGAAAAAAAGAAAAACAAUGGUGGUUAAAGAAACUACUCGUGAAAGCCAUGAAUGGAGUAUUGAGAUGGGAAUGAGUGACUUCUGCCCAUUAACGUCAUUAAACAAAUCCAAGUAUCAGUGCGACGUCAAAGAUUCAACCAGGAAGAGAAAAGUCAAACAGACCACAAAAUUGAUGGAGCAAGAAGUUUUGAAGACAUUAUUAAAAAUGCAUGACGAAAUACAAGAAUUAUUGGAGCGUAGAAAACUGCUGUGUUUAAAUAAAGAACAAUCUGCGAGUAUGACGUCUGGACUGAAUAUGCGCGAGAAGCAGGCUGGAAUUAAUUUUGUCCAAGAAGAGUAAAAGCCUUUGUGUCUACAAUGAGGAAUUCUAGAUUCUAUCAUCUUUUCCAUGUUAGAUUUGUUUUUAGCUCACCUAAGUCCUAUCCUUUUUAACUAUUGGGUCGAAUGGAUGAAACUAUACUGUACGGAUGGUCAUUUAUAAAAUUGCUCAAAUGGUUUCGGUGCCCUGAUCAAGUUUGGCGCCAUAGCUUAAAUUAAUUUUUUUUUAAAUUUACUAUUUAAAAGUUUGGUUCAGUUAAACCCCAGUCACACUAGAGCUUACGAUUACUUGCGACCACCGGCGACUUGUAAAACUGACGAUCAUCAGCGAUUGUCUGCGACCAAAACCAUUUUUGCACAAAUAAAUUUACUUUUGCUAGUAUCGUAAGACAAGUCAUCAUUGACAAUCGCACGACAGGUCAUAAGUAAGCGUACGAUGGUCUCAAGAUUGCCUGGGAUUACUAACGACUACCCGUGACAUAACAUGCGAUCACCUGCAACUUGUCGUACGACCAUCACACGAUUACUAAAGACUACUUAAGAUUAUCAGUGACUAGUGGCAAUUUGUAAAGACUGUCGUAAGAUUGUCGCACUUCCGAACGACCAUCGUGCGACAGCCUUAAGACCUUAUAAGAUCACUAGCGACCUGUUUGAUCGCAAGGAGGUUUUUGUGCAAGCUCAAAAACUUCUCUACGACUGAAAUUGGUCGUGGAACCUAAAUAAGAUAACCUGCGACUGUCAAAGAUCACCGAUGACCGUCGUAAGACGUUUUAAAGAUUGUCCGCGACCAGAGGUCACUGGUGAUCGUGAACUGGUCUUCACUGGUCGUAAGCUCUAAUGUGACUGGGGCUUUAAAUAUACUAUAUGUAGAGUCCGUCACGUUUUGAUUAUAUGAAAGGUAUCAAUUCUUUCAAUACACCAACCCCUGCACAUUGAAAUAUCUAAUAUUGAUGUUUAUCUUCUCAUGGCCCUAUUGUAUAGCUUAAAGCUACAUUAAAUAAAUAUGUAAAAUUAUUUUGCCGUCGGCCUAAAAAUCAAACAUUCUACAGUUUCAUUAACCUGUUUAACAGUAUUGUUGUAAAUCUCACCAAAUAUUGUUCAUAAAUUAGGAUUUUAAACGGAAAAACCCACGGUAACACUAAAGUUCGUAUACGAAUUUUAACAUGCAAAUGAAGACUAUAAUCAGCUCGUGUAUGCGCUACGUUGCUAUCCGGAACAAAGCAAAUAUUAUAUUUUCUUGUGAAAACACACUUUAACCGUUUUAGCUUCACGGUUGACUAAGCCUUGGGUUCAGUGAAAGUAAUCAUCUCGUAAAAAGAUUAAAUUUGUAUGAAAAAAAUCGUUACAAUGCGGAAAUAUACCGUUAAAUUAGGACUGCCACUUAUAGUCAUGUUUGUUGAUUUAAUAUUGAUGUACGGAUGAUCCGAAGGCGGAGUUUCUCAUGCAAACAGAAAUUGUACUUCCCAUUUCGGCACAAUGAGGUUACCCCUUUGUAUGCUAAUAAAACUAAUUUUGGUUGUCUGGACACCAAAAUAAGACAUGGAGUCGAUAUAAAACCCAAUUUAGUAAUGGAAUGUCGCCAUUUAGUUUUUUAUGAAAUUUAUGUAAUGUAGCUUUAAAGUAUUGACUGAUAUAUAUAUAUAUAUAUAGUGUUUUUGUUAAAGGUCAAUAAACUUUCUUUCUAGCGGGCGAAAAAUAGCCGACCUGUGCCAUAUACGUAUUAUAGGCUAUACCUCUGUGAAAUCUAACCCAGACAAAUUACAAAAUUAGCAGUCAUAUUGUAAUCAACUGAUCCCGAUAUAGGACAGUUGUUAUACGUGUCGUCAUACUUUGACAACCUCGGUAUGGGGUAUUUUGUAUACAUUUUGUACCACAUAUCUGUGUAAAUAUUUAUUUAAAACGUAUAAAUUUCAUGAUGUAUAACGAGGCGUGAACCAGCAAUCAAUGGAAUAUUCUAGUAGUAAAGAUAGGUAUUUAAACAGUGUUGUAUUUUGCAUAUUUACAUUUUUGUGUUGUUUGUUCAAAUAUUUUGUUGCAGCGAAUUGUUUUAUACUGUAUAUAAAAAAUAAAAAUAAUAAAAUAUAUUCACGCAAUGACAGAAGUUCUAUUUUUGUAGUUUUUAGUUUUUUCAAGGGCGACAAUCAUAGCUUAUGUUAUCAAUUUAAUGCCAGCAGAGUUGUUUGUAUAGAAAUGAGAGCGGUGCGGACGAAUAUCAAUCGACACAUCCGUGCCAUGUGAUCGUUGUCUGCCCCCAGUUCGAUAUCUUGUCAGUACACAUUUCACAUGUACAAGUCCAUGAAAGAUAUUUAGCGUGGUAUAAAGGUUAAAACAAUCAUGUACUUGUUGGUGGUUUUAUUUUGUGAAAGUCAUUCUUUUUCUGUACCAAUCAAAGGAUUCAUUAUAUUGUAAAUGUUUAAAAUUGGUUUUCAUAGCCGCAUUUUAGAAAUUUCUCUGCAUUUGUUUCCAAACAAAACUCUUAUAUUGAUAUUGCAAAAUUUGCAACAAUAUUAAAAAUGAUUUGAUAAAAAUGAUAUUUUAAGACUGAAUAGUCAGAAAUAAAUAAAUUAG